AUGUGGACAGGAUAUGAGGCAGUUGAUGCGCUAGUUGCUGAAUGCGAGUCUCUUGGGAAACCAAUAGCAACAGAGAUAAAACGCUGGGGAGUCGACAUUUUCGGGUCGAAAAGGGACGGUGGCGAAUUGGAGCUAGUUUCUCUUGACAAGGCUCCGCCAGAUGGGAUCCAGGAUUCUGGGAUCGGAAGCCCGUCCAGCCGUUGUUGUGCAAGUGACGAUGCAGAUGACGUUAGAGAUAAGUCCCGGGGCAGGAAAUUUAUAUCCCAGCCUGCCAUUAUGAGUGAUACUAUCACGAUGAAGGAUUACCAAGUUGUUGGGAUCAACUGGCUCAAAUUAAUCUACGACCAAGGGCUGAGCUGUAUCCUUGCUGAUGACAUGGGACUGGGAAAGACUUGUCAGGUCAUUGCUUUUCUCUCUCAUCUCCUUGAAGUUGGUGUCACUGGGCCUCACCUGGUCGUUGUCCCAGCUUCGACCCUUGAGAAUUGGCUUCGCGAGUUUUCGCUCUUCUGCCCGAAGCUCAAAACAAUGCCAUACUAUGCAGGGCAAGCCGCUCGAGGAGAAAUUCGAACUGAGAUAGAAGACAACAGAGAUAAUAUCAAUGUUGUUAUUACUACUUAUACCAUUGCAAAAGCGAAGGUCGAUGCCGCAUUUCUUCGGUCCAUGAACUUCAACGUUUGCGUUUAUGAUGAAGGCCAUAUGCUAAAAAGCAGCAAAUCUCAACUAUACGAGAAACUUAUUCGUAUACCAGCGCAAUUCCGCCUCCUUCUGACAGGUACGCCUCUGCAAAACAAUCUCCAGGAGCUCGCAUCGCUCCUUGGAUUCAUUUUACCUUCGGUUUUCAGAGAGCGGAAGGAUGAUCUUGAGUACAUAUUCAGGGCCAAGGCCAGAACGGUGGAUGAUACACAUUCGGCCUUGCUGUCCGCGCAACGAAUUGCUCGAGCAAAAUCCAUGCUCAUGCCAUUUGUAUUGCGGCGGAAGAAACAUCAGGUGAUUGACCUGCCCGCUAAAAUUUCCCGCGUUGAGUACUGCGAAAUGAAUGAAUCUCAAAAAGAGAUUUAUCAUAGCGAGAUUGAGUCAGUGAAGCAACAUAUAGCCGACCGGGCGGCGGGGAAGAAAUUGACGAGAAACAAGUCGUCAAAUAUUCUGAUGAAAUUGCGACAAGCUGCAAUUCACCCACUCUUCUCCCGUCGAGUCUAUGAUGACAAGACGCUAAGUCGAAUGUCGAAAGCAUGUUUGAAGGACGAGAAGUGGACACAUUCCGACCCUGAUCAAAUUUACAUUGAAUUACGCGAGUAUAAUGACUUUGAAUGCCAUACUCUCUGUACAGGCAGCCCCGCCGCGCUUGGCAGGUUUGCGCUCAAGAAUAAGGAAUGGAUGAAUUCUGGAAAAGUCGAGAAGCUUUGCGAGCUUUUGGAUAAAUAUAUUGCGGAGGGGGACCGAAUUUUGGUUUUCUCCCAGUUCACGAUGGUCAUGGACAUUCUUGAACAGGUCCUUGAGACACAGAAGAUCAAAUUCUUCCGCCUCGAUGGGAAAACUAGCGUUGAAGACCGCCAGUCUAUUCUUGAUGCCUUUCAUGAACAAGUGGACAUCUCGGUGUUUAUGCUAUCCACGAAGGCCGGCGGUGCAGGGAUCAACUUGGCCUGCGCUAACAAAGUGAUAAUAUUUGACUCUAGCUUUAAUCCCCAGGAAGACAUCCAGGCAGAAAACCGUGCGCACCGUGUCGGCCAGACCCGUGAAGUCGAGGUUGUACGCCUUGUGACAAGAGGGACAAUCGAAGAACAGAUCCAUGCACUGGGGCAGACGAAGCUAGCUCUGGACCAGAGAGUGGCAGGGGAAGAUGAAGGCGCACAGUUCGGCGGAAAACGGGACGAUGAAAACCUCCAGGCCGUGGAGGAUCUGGUCAUGUCGACCCUUGAAUUAGAGAAAGCACCAGAGGAUAGCUCUUGA